UUUUUUUCGAAUAGUUAUACGUCGCACAGCGAUCGUGUUAGACGUGCUACGCAUAAAGCGGGUUCUUUAAAGUUCUUUUAGUGAAAUUAAGUGGCAAUUGUUGUGUAUAAAAUAGAACAUAAAUUAACGAAAGCAAGAUGUCAGCAACAGUAGAGACGCAUACAAAUGGUAAAGCAGAAUCGGAAACGCUUAAAAGCGCAACGGAAACAACUGAUAAUGGUGUAGCAACCAAUGGCGCACCGAAAGCGUCGGGUAAAGUCCCCGAGUGGUUGAAGGCAGAACUAUUUGUAGAAUUGUUGCAGAAAAACAUACCGAACUUCAAGUGCAUUAAAAAUUUCAGCGCUAAAGCCUCACAAGACGCUGGCGACAAUUACGCCACACUCAUGGCCUCGGUGAAUAUUGACGCAGAGCUUGAAGAUGGAAAAUCCCAACCGAUUUCGUAUAUGAUCAAACUACCCAUCGAUACGUUACAAAAUGUGCUAAAUAAUAAUAAUAUUUUCGAUACCGAAAGCACCAUGUAUAAAGAUGUAAUACCGGAAAUGGAGAAAUUGUAUAGUGAUGCUGGUGUUGAAGUGAAAUUCUCACCACAGUAUUAUGAUAUCGAGACACCAUCCGAAUGCGGUGUAAUACUCAUGGAGGACUUACGUCCACGUAAUUUCAAAAAUGCCAACCGUUUGGAGGGUUUCGAUAUGGAACACACUAAGUGCGCAUUGAAAAAGUUGGCACAAUGGCAUGCCGCCUCAGCGGUGCGUGUUGCGACUAAAGGUGAAUAUCCGCAAAAAGUUUGUGUGGGACUUUUUACUGAGGAUUUCUUGAAAAUGAUGGAGCAAUUGGGUAAAUCCAUGACACCACUGUACUUGGAGUGUGUGCGUGUUUAUGAGGGACACGAAGAAUACUACGAUAGUUUGAAAAGAAAUCGUGAGAAUUUUGUGCAGGAAUUCGCUCCGUUGCUGAAAGUCGAUCCGAAUGAGUUUAACGUCUUAAACCAUGGUGAUUUUUGGGCCAAUAACAUUAUGUUCCAACACGAUGAUGCGGGUAAAGUGAAAGGAACAUAUUUUGUGGACUUUCAGUGUGUGCGCUACGGUUCACCUGUCAAUGAUCUGUACACCGUGUUGUUAUCCUCAACGAGUCUGGAUGUGAAGCUAAAGUAUUUUGAUUAUUUUGUUAAGUAUUAUCAUGAUAAUCUGAUUGAAUGCUUGAAGUUGUUGAAAUAUCCAAAGAAGUUACCCACUCUAAAAGAAAUCCAUAUCGCUCUGUUGAAGUAUGGUACUUUGGCUGUUUCCACAGCGGCAGGUCACAUGUCCAUCGUGCUACUCGAGCCCACUGAAGGUGCUGAGUUGAGUAAUUUGAUGGGCACUUCAGAAGAAAGUAUUGCAUUCAGAAAGCAUAUGUAUACAAAUGCUCGUUAUCGUAAGCACAUCGAAGUGGUAUAUCCUUGGCUUUACCAUCGUGGUGCCUUUUAGUGAUACAUUAUGCUACUUUGAGACGGUCGAAAUAGAAAAUUACUAUGUAGACAAUGUAUUAAUAUAUUUAAGUUUAAUUUGAAAUAAAUGUAUAUAUAAUAUAU